GGGGAAGUCAGACGCACACACCAACCCGGUCACACCAACCACGCCGUCGACAGUCUAGUGAAUACUGCUACAGCUGCUGGAAACAAGGAGGCCGCUGUCUAGGUUUGUCGGGAUUCAAAAAGAGGUGUCACGGCGAGCAGCAACAUGAGGACUGACGUGAUACUGCUAGGGUUGGCCUCGCUACUUGCCAAUGCGUCAGCAGGCGAGGGUGGGCUCAGCCAGCACAAGCCCUUUUUGAGGAAGGCGAGCUUGGGCGACGCACGUGGCCGGAGCCUCCAAUCCGCCACGACCCAGACUUGCAGCAACGGCAUCGAAGGUAUUGAAUCCACCAACGGCGGCGUCUGCUGCCCUGCUCUAUGUGGCCUCUGCGGAGGGGCAGCGUGCACCAAGGCGGCAGUGGACGCCGGGCUCGACGAUGGCGACUGCUGCUUCAGCGACAUCAUUCGCUUCGGUGCCUCGUGCUCCGAGAACCAGAUGGCGCCUUGCAUUAUUGACGAUGCCAGCAAAGCAUCUGCGGGCAACACUUGCUCCAACGCCAACGGCGUCGAGGGUAUCUCGUCUGCUAACGGCGACGUUUGCUGCCCGUCCGAGUGCGGCCUGUGCGGGGGACGAGACUGCACCCAAGCAGCGCUGGCAGCAGGCCUCGACGACGGCGACUGCUGCGUCAGCGACAUCACUAAAGAAGGCGUCAAGUGCUCCGACUCUGGAGCCGCUCCUUGCAUUGUUUACGACUCUGAGGAUGAAACUGGCUCUAACCAGGUUCGGGAAGCAUCCACCCCGGUGUACAUCACUCUCGGCUGCGGCAAGAUCGGCGACUAUGAAGACCCCUUCACGGUUUCGUCGACGGUGUCCGACCUCACCGUGGAGGCGUGCUACGAGCUGUGUGCCUCGGAGUCCUCGCUGUACUUCGCGCUUGUCGAGGGCGACGUCUGCUCGUGCGGUGACCAGGAAACUUUCGUCCAAACGUUCCUCGAUUCGUACGAGGAACAGACCGCAGGGACGUGCAACACCGCUUGCCCGGGAUCCCCGGACGAGACCUGCGGCGGGGCCCAAGCCUUCGACCUUUACCGAAUCCUACCGACGUGCACCGGCGGCAUCAUCGGCGUCGAGGCCGCGAGCGGGGACGUCUGCUGCCCUUUCUCAUGCGGCGAGUGUGGUGGAGACAAAUGCGUCGGAGAGGGGGGCUGCUGCGAGCACACGAUCCAGUCCAGGGAAGGCCUCUGCGAGGACACGAACGCGGCACCUUGCGUGUUCAACGUUGUUGCGCCGCCCCCGACCCCGGUCCCCGCGCCCACAACGCCUAUGCCCACACGCCCCCCCGGGCCAGUGAGCACUUGCACCGGCGACAUCCCCGGCCUAGAGUCAGACGACGGCACCGUCUGCUGCAUGGAGCACUGCGCCUCGUGCCGGAUCGAGAGCGCGGAUGAGUGCGCGGGCGUGCCGGCGUGCUGCCAGGAGAAGAUUUUGCUCACGGGGCUCAUGUGCUCCGACGAAGGGGUAGAGGAAGGCCCCUGCAUCCUCAUAGAGAACGACGCCCGUCCUGAGGCGCGAACCCUGGCCGCCGGAGCACUCACUCGUCAGUCACUAGUCUCCGGGUUCAGCUGGGCGCGAAUUGCUCGCCCACAAUCUGUCUCGGUCUGUCGAGCAGGUGGUGUACUUGAACGCCGUGAUUUGUGGCAAGUGAGCGUUGUCUUGUUUUAUGUGGUAGACUAGACCAGUCUAUUGCUUUGUAAAUGUGGCGGACCAUAGUCAGUAACGGCUUCCUCGCUGGACUUGGGUUAGUUGGAUUCAUGUCGCGGUCAUUUUCGUUCACGGGGCGAUGUGGGUAUAGGCGAUGAAGGCUUAUCCGCCGUAAGUGUAGCUCCCGUCCUCUUGUGAUUGUUUCUCAAGCAGCUCUUCUUUGCCUUACUUGGUUUUUGCCAUGUCUUUUGCGGGAUUCCGCUCCGCCUUCUUACAUCUUUGAUUAGUCUAGUGCAGAUAGUUUUUGUCCCUCAGCCUGCAGAAAUCGGGCACCGCCAAAUCUUGGAAAGGAUUUCCUUGCGUCCUUUUUGCCGUGAUGGCAGCGUGCGAGAAUUGGGGCAACUUGGAUUUAAACAAUCUCGGCUGCUGGUUUUAACGUGGAUUUGUUGCUUUUCUUGUAUAGGUCACUAUUUCCGGCAAGGAGCGCGGUCAAGGUACGCGUAGAACAAAAUGUGGCAGUCUUUGCCCUGCAUGUAGUGGGUAGCCUCGCAGAACCCUUUUUCGAUUUCGAGCGCCGGGCUGGCGUGUCGACCAAGAAACGUCAUUCGCUCUUGUUUUCACUCUGUUUAGCACCAGCAACAUGUGGCAGGCAGCGUUUCUUUUGGUGUCAAGAGAGACACUACGUGUUGAUUGAGUGUCUUUCUUGGUCCUUCGGGAGAAGAGCAUGGGGGAGGGGGAACAUCAAGAAUCGCUGAUUGUUGCCAUGCAUAGGUACCCAGACCAGUUGUUGUGUUCAUGUUGGUCUGGCACUAUUAUAAUAGUCUACUGUUGUAGAUAAAAAAAAAAUCCAUUUGCCCGAUUCUCUUGCUUGUUUCAGUGUGUACUGUACGCAGAGCAGAAACCGCUGCUGCUGUGGUUGUUCCACGUUAUUUGUAUGUUUCUGUCCUGUGUUACAUGCCUUUUACACACGUAGAGGGGGACCAGGGCGUAAGGCACUACCGUGUACGAUGUCCGUUAUCAUUCGCAAGUGAGUACGAUAACGAAAUAUAUUAGGUUUUCACUCUUGGGUGUUUGCUAUGCUU